AUGGUAAAUUACAGUCUUCUGCAGAAUGGCGAAGACGUUGUAGCCGGCCUUUCGCACAUCCCAGGCAGGGUCGUCGAGUUUCUUGGUGAUGAUGAUGUCGGUGAAGAGGUGGAACAUUUCAACUACAAGCAAGAGCUGAGCAGAAAACUGACAGUCAGCUCGAUGAUCGGGCUGGGAUUCUCACUUAUGGGUGUUCCUUUUGGUGUUUCGACCACCCUAUCCAUAGGCUUGAUAGAUGGAGGAUCUGCGACGAUUCUGUGGGGUUGGGUUACAGUGACACUUCUUUCACUCUGUGUCGCACUGUCAUUAGCCGAAGUUUCCUCGAAAUAUCCAUCUUCAGGUGGAACGUACCAUUUUGCAGCGAUUCUGGCCAACGAAAAAUAUUCUUUGGUGGCUUCCUGGUUUACGGGCUGGUUCUUGAUCAUGGGCAACUGGACCAUGUUCAUCAGUAUCGUUUAUGGAGGAUCACAAUUCAUUUUAUCAGUGUUAGGCUUGAAAGACGACGAGUACAAGAGUGACUCAAUACUGACACUUAUGUUGUAUAUUUGUUUGGUCAUAUUCUGUGCCUUUGUCAAUUUGAAGCUUUCUAAGUACUUGGAAAAGAUCAACACUCUUUGCAUUUACUGGACAAUUUAUACCGUGUUGAUUAUGGACGUGCUGUUAAUGCUGUUUUCCUCAUCAUUCCAUGAUGUGAAAUACAUUCUCACUAACUUUGAUGCGUCAAGAUCUGGCUGGCCAGAUCCAAUUGCAUUUUUGAUUGGUCUACAAUCAGCAUCGUUCACCUUGCAAGGCUAUAACAUGAUCCCAGCAAUGAGUGACGAGGUCAAAAACCCAGAAAGAAACGUUCCAAAGGGAAUGAUAUUUUCUGUACUGGUUGCAGGUGUCACGGGUGUCAUAUUUAUUAUUCCAAUUCUGAGCAUCUUGCCUGAAUUAACCCUUUUGUUGGACUCUAAUCCUGACAUCUUCCCUAUUGACUUGGUAUUCAAGCUGUCGACUCAGUCUUUGCUUGUUUCUUUUGUCUUGGUGUUGCUACUAAUUGGAACUGUUCUCUUCGCUGGUAUUGGUACUUUGACCACAGCUUCUCGUCUGACUUAUGCGUUUGCCAGAGAUGGUGCCCUACCAUACAAAGACUUGUGGACACACGUUGACGACAUGGGAGAACAGUCUAUCGUCCCCAGAAAUGCCCUGUUUCUUUCCACUGUCGUCUCUAUCCUACUUAGUUUGCUGUCGCUAGUAUCCUCCUCUGCUUUCAGUGCUUUUGUGGGUAGCGCAGUAAUUAGUCUUUCCCUAGCGAGUGGGAUUCCAAUACUAUGUCUUUUACUUAAUAAAAGACGCAAAAUUCGUGGUGCCCAUUUUAAACUGCACAAGUUUGGAUGGGUUUUUAAUGCGAUCAGCUUGAUCUGGGUGUCUUUGUCGAUCAUUAUCUUAUGCAUGCCUCCACAGAUUCCCAUCACAGUGAGAAGCAUGAAUUAUGCUUUUGUCGUCUCCAUCCUCUUUGGUGUUUCAGCCACCAUCGCUUACUUUUUGUGGGGAAAGGGGCACUUUCAUGGCCCUAUGUUGGAUGAGCACAUUCUUGCUGAGUCCCAACAAAAUUCGGUUCUCAUGCAGCCUAUCGUGAAUCCGGUUGAAACUAAUGAUAUCGAUCCUUUCGGGGAUCAAAGCACAUUCUUCGUCGAUAACCCCGAAGAUAUUUGGGAGGAAGAUGAACAGUAUGAAAGGGAGUUGACCCCUGCCUCCAAUGACACAUUGAAUGCUGACUUGGGUGCCUCUUCGAAUUUAAUAAAGACCUUCAAACUCGAAGAGGAACCGCGAGCAGUUCACGAGGAAGAUGGUAGUUCAUCAGAGGCUCCAAAUCAUCGCGAGCUUUUGUGA